UAUGGGGACAGCAACCUAGAGGACUGUAUAGCUGCUGCUGAGCAUGACAUAGAGAGACAGAGAGAGAAGAGAACAGAAGGGAAAGGCUUGGAGGGGAACUCACUACCACCACCUCUGUCCACAGCAGAGUCUGUUAGCUACCCAGCUAUACAGCCAUGUUCGGCAAAUUGAAGAGGAUGUUUAUCCCCCAACCCCCAGCAGCCCCGGUCUCUGCUCCAGCCUCGGCCUCUGCCUCAGCCACGGCCUCUGCCUCUGCCCCAGCCGCGGUCCCUGUCCCAGCCGUGUUCCCUGCCCCAGGCGCGGCCUCUGCCGCGGUCCCUGCCCCAGCUGUGUUCCCUGCCCCAGGCGCGGCCCAUGCUCCAGCCCUGGCCACAGUCCCAGCUCCUACACCUGCUAAGGAACAUAAGCCUGCAGAUAAAGAAAAUGGGGCCAAGAAAGAGGACAAACCAGCAGCAGAGCCUGCACAUAACCCAGCCCCGGCCACAGCCACUGCCCCGGCCACAGCCACUGCCCCGGCCCCAGCCACUGCCCCAGCAUCUGCUGCCGCUCCAGCUACAGCCCCAGCCGCUACCCCAGCCAACCCUGGCCAGGAGGGAGCAGAGGGAGAAGAAGUUCCCCCUCCUCCACCACCUCCUAUAGUGGUAAAUAGGUACUCUGAUGAUCAGCUCCGGGUCAUAGUGAAGAGGAUGAGAGAGAGAACAGAAAUAUACAGCGAGAAGCUCAUAGACCCACACGCUUCCUCACCUGAAUUCAGCCCUCCAGUCACUCCCAUUUAUGGAAAAAACGAUUAUGAAAUAUUAAUUAAAGAGAGGCUAAUAAAAGAAGAGCAAGAUAGGAUAAAGAAAGAAGAGGAAGACUUAAAAAAGAGAGAGGCGGCAGAGAGGAAAAAGCAGGAGAUGGCGGAAAAGAAAGCGGCAGAGCAAAAAGCGAAAGAUGAAGCAAAAGCAUCGGAGCCUGUGGUCAAACCAACUUUUGGCCAGGAAGUUGCCGCCUUCCUUGACAGGAGGCUAAAACCUAUUGAGGAUGCGAUGGACUCAGUGCUGCCAUCCACCAUAGAUCCAUUCUCAGAUCGUGCGUACAUCGUGUGGCUCACUCUGGUGACUCUGGCCUUCAACUACAACACCUGGUUCAUGACGGCUCGUCUGUGUUUCCCCUACCACACCCCGGAGUGGAUCCCUUACUGGAUAGCCAUGGACCUUGUGGCUGAUUUCAUCUAUCUCAUUGAUUCAAUCUUCUUCCAGGCCCGCAAGCAGUUCGUCAAAGGAGGGGACGUGGUUAAAGACAGGAUUAUAACCAAAGCGUACUACAGAAACUCUGAGAGAUUUAAGAUGGACAUGAUAGCAAUGGCACCCAUAGACUUGCUAUGCUUCCAUUUCGGAUACAAAUCCAUCUUCAGAUUCAAUCGAAUGAUAAAGGUAGACACAUUCUUUGAGUUCAGUGAUCGUCUGGAGAGCCUCAUGUCCAAGGCCUACAUUUGGAGAGUGGUCCGCACCAUUGGCUACCUGCUCUUCAUGCUCCACCUUAACGCCUGUGCCUACUACGUGGCCUCGGCCUACCAGGGCAUCGGCAAGACCACAUGGGUCUACACUGGCAAAGGCAACGCUUACCUGAGCAGUUUCUUCUAUGCGGAGAAAUCCCUGCUGAUGAUCGCAGAGUUGCCAUUUCCCGACACCUUAUUCGGCCAGGUGUUUCAGAUGGCCAACUAUUUUUUCGGCGCCUUCUUUUUGUCCAUCUUUCUUGGCCAGAUGAGAGAUGUCAUUGGGGCAGCCACCGCAGGCCAGACCUACUUUCGUUCCUCCAUGGACAACACGGUGUAUUAUAUGGUGUCAAAUAACAUCCCCAAACUGUGUCAGAACAGAAUACGCACCUGGUACAACUACACCUGGGACGCCCAGGGUAUGCUAGAUGAGUCUGAGCUGCUGGAGCAGAUGCCUCUGGUCAUGAGGACAGCCAUUGCUGUUGACAUCAACCUGGCUACCUUCCAGAAAAUUGAUCUAUUUAAGGGUUGUGAUAACCAGAUGUUGGUAGACAUGUUGCUGAGGCUUAAGUCUAUUAUAUAUCUACCUGGGGACUUUGUGGUGCAGAAGGGAGAUAUUGGUAAAGAGAUGUACAUAAUCAAGUCUGGAGCAGUGCAGGUGGUUGGUGGACCAGAUAACUCCAUUGUGUUCGUUACACUGAAGGCUGGCUGUGUGUUUGGAGAAAUCAGCCUGUUGCAGUCGUCUAAAGAUGGCGGGAACAGGAGGACAGCUAAUGUCAAGGCUCACGGCUUUGCUAACCUGUCCGUCCUGGAAAAGAAGGAUCUCUUUGAAAUUCUGGUCCACUACCCAAUGGCUCAGAAAGUUCUGGCCAGGAAAGGAAAGAAACUGAUGAAGGCUAAGGGUCCAGCUGCUGCUAAGGCUGUUGAAGAUAAAAAGAAAGGACUGGCGCUGUUCGGACCCAAACCCCCCACUCCUAAAAUGCUGCGUGUCUUUGGGGGCGGCAAAGGCUUUUUGGAGAAACUCAAGCAUGCCACUCAAAAUCAACAAGAUUGAGAAUAUCAAACUGCAUCGUUUCUCAUAUUUACUACUUUUGUGGUGAAUUUGCAGUGCAUUAUUGUUCAAUCCCCUCUUUACACUCACAGCUGAAUGACCAGUAUGUGAGUGUGUGUACAGAACACUAUUUUGAGGGAUUCUACUACCCUCUCGCAUACUAUCCUUUAGAAUUGUUUAAUCUUUCAAAACUUUAUUAAGAUGUGCAAUAUUUAAAGACAAGACAAAGUGGAAAAAACGAAUAUGUCUAGAAGUAUUUUGAUUGUUUUUCUUUUCAUAUCAAUUAUAAAUGAUAUUUCAGGUUUAGAAACUGUUAUAUUUUGGACCAAUCACAAUUUUUAUUUGCCAAUACACAGCUCAUGUAGUUUGUGGUGACAGUUAUGGAUGCAGUGCCAAUCAAAGGAUUUAUUUGUCUGUGUAACGGGUGGGUAACAGUUUAGCUACGAAACAAGCUACUUAAGUGACAUUUAAUACGAUCUGUCUGCUUUGUAAGAUACACAUUUACCUAAAUAAAUCAUUUCUCAUUUACUAACGA